AUGAGACCGCAGAUACGGCGUGCUACUCGGCUCGGUCGCCUUGGCAACAGCCGAGCGUGCGCACUCCGACCGAGACGCGACAGAACGGUAUCGAGAGCUGGCUGCGGAAGCCACGGCUGCGUGCGAGCUGCAAAGUUCGACAUGGUCAUCUGGUGCACGCAUCUGUCGGGCAAAGAGGAUGCUGGUCUUUAGUGCGUCAUCAGCGGGUCGAGCAUGAGAGGCAGCGCGGUGGCUGACUGUACGACUCGGGCCAGCAAACUGAGCGCAUCGAAGACGCGACGUGUUGCGUCGUGAUGUUGCCAUUGUACUUGGCUUUGCCAAGAGAUGGGAGUCCAGCAUCCAGGAGUGUUGCUCUCUGUGCAGCAAGUGGCGAACCAGGCCGACGCGGCGUCAACCAAGAAACACUUAAUAAUUCAAUGGCCCUCCUGCAUAUUUUACUCUGUCGAAGGUCUAAUGUGUAGAACAUCAGGCGGCUGUGCCCAGGGAACAGGCUUCGCUACCAACCUUAAGACCAACUUGUGCCACUGAUAGACGCUUUAUCUUGCAGUGUCGGAACGCAUCUCACAGCUCAUUUUUGGAGACACCCCGAGGUGAUUGAAAGGAUGCUGGCUGCUCACUUGUCCCCGUGGGUUUUCGUUGAACCAGUGCAGGGGUGGACAGCUGGGCUACGUGCCUCCCGUCAGACUAGAUGAGCACAAUUUUUGCUGCUGCUGCUUUGAAAACGAAUGGCGCGAGAUCGACGUGAUCGUGUCUUCCGCGCGUCUGUCGGCCAAAGACGAUGCUGCCAUUUCCUGCGUCAUUGUCAGGUCAAGCGUGGGAGGGAGCACUACAACGGGUGGCCAAACUAUGCGAUCUGGCCAGGAAGCCUGCCCUGUGCACCCGGUAGCCAAGCCUUUUGGUAGGAUGGGGUCUGGCAGCACGUCGUGCUGUCUUCGUGGCCAGUUCUUCGAGCAGCCUGGUGUCCUUAUGCCCAUCCUGUGGAUCAACUUACCUGCUGACCUAGGAACGAACGGCACGAGAUCGUCAUGUUCGUACCGUGCACGGACGUGCGGUGGCAAAGAGGAUGCUGCCGUUUCGUGCGUCAUCGUGAGGCAAAACCUGGGAGGCAGCACUGGGUCGGACAGCAAGAGUCAAGCCAGCCAGCAUGUUAUCUUUUGUUUUAUUUCGUUCAUCGCUGCUGUGGACGGUCGGCACGAGAUGUACGUGGUCGUACGGUGCACCCAGCUGUCCCGUAAGGUCGAAGCCAGCGUUUGGCGCUUGAUCGCAGGUCAAGCAUGGGAGGAAGCACCAGAGGCAAGUAUACGAUAUACAGCAGAAAGACAGUUGCAGAGCAGCGGGCUCACCACAAGUGGCGAUGAUGACCAGGAUGUCCCCACCAAGGACUUCGAACGACAUUCCCUCGACCAGGAGCAAGUUGGUGUGUGGCCCGCCGCACAGUCACUGACCCAGGCCCGACCGCUUCUGCUCAAACGGCACUUCUCAAAUCUGUGACAAAGCGGCCGCUUUUAUGGUCUUGAUGACGUUGCCAUUGACACCAUUGCCCACAAUUGCGGACAACGCGCGGCUACGCACGCACACGCGCUCACAAACACACAUACAAAAACAAAAGACUAGAAACAGCGCUGGCCAUUAGGACAGAAGGCGACAAUGACGUGAUCGCCGAUGAAAUGCACGACAACUCAUGUCAAGUGCCGUGACUCGAUCUAAUUUAGUCUUGGCAGGGGAAAGUCCUGGUUAUUCUUAGGAGAGAUGGGGGAAGAGGAGGAGAUAUCAUCGAAAUAGAGCACCGAUAGGACCGGGGCUUACCUAGCUGUCGAAUUCUUAUGGUAAUAAGAAUUGGUAAUAAGAAUUUCUUAUGGUAAAGGCAUAAGAAAGACAAGGAGUAGAAUGUCGGUGGAACGCCGUAGUUGCGAUGGAUAGCUAGUAGAACGGAAAACUUGACGGAGCUUCUGGAAAGUGUCUCUAAGCUUGAAGCCACUGCCCUGCCUUCUUCUGCCUAAGGACGCACUUCUGUUGUGCUUGUCGGUCGCUACACGUUCAUUCUUCAGCUAACGUGACGUCGUCUAACCUAAUCUUAACCUGCUCUAAUUACCCGCUCUCUAUAGUUGUGUGUUCUGGCGCUGAUUUCAGCGUGGAAACUUAUUGAUCUAGUAUAAAAUAUUAGCGCAUAAAGGCAGGCCGGGUUUAACUUGGCACGUUUAAGUGUUCGAAGUUGCCCGCUGCGCGCAGUAGCAUUAGCUGCGCAUCGCCGUUACCAAGGAGUGGAGCGGAAAAAGGAAGGGAGAAAUCUGUAGCAAGUUUCCACGCUGCCGCCGCUGAAGCACCAAUCUGCAUCUCUUGCAUGUUACUGAUGGCGUAAACUAAUAAAAUUGUGGCAUUCUUCGCAACUCUUACUACUAACUGCGUUCAUAGACGAAAGAUGGUGGGGCAGUAUUGAGCUAUUGUAAAACGCGCAACUUCGGUGUGUUUACUAUUGGUUGGUAAAACUGGUGUAGCGAAGUCUGCCGAAGCGUCCAGCUAGGAGUCGCCAGGAGCGAGCGGCGCUGCUAACGUGUGGUUUUACCUGGAGUUUGGCUUGGUUGAAGGCUAGGUGAGUGUGGAUACCAAUAGAAAUUAGUGAGACCCGAGGGCUGCAACACUGGUAGUCGGUGUGGCCAGUGUUUCAUUCCAACACGAGCGUUUGGCGGAAGUACGCAAUUUCUCUGAAGUUUAAAAUGAAGUGUUUUGCUUACUUCAGCCUCUUUAUUAAAUUGCUUCGAUAAAUAUGGGCAGUAGCAGGAGAAAAAACCGCGCUCAUUCAAGCACCAUUGUUGAUAGAUGUUCCGCUACUGACCGCGUAUGGGGAUCAUCCAUUUGACCAAAUAAGGCAGCCUGAAAACAGUGAAAAUAAUGUUUCAACUGAAAAUCACGUUUGAGAAAAAGGUGGUCUCGCACUACGUUUGUGAGUUCCACCCGCCACACAGCAGUGCAAUAUUUUUGAGAUAUUCGCAAGAGUGUUUGUAAUCCGUAUAGUGUUUUCACCAAGCCACCAAGGUGGUUAAGGAGCUUUUUAACCCUGUAAUGCCUAACGCACUUUCUUUAUACUGCGCUGUUUGAGGCGGCAAAGUUCGAACUAUCGCGAGUGAAAAACAAGUAGCGACAGUAUUAGGCUGGAGCCCAUUGUAGUUAUUGAAUAGUUUAAGAUUUCAAUUAUGUUGAUUGUUAAUUAUCUUCGCUCAUACAUAGUGUGUUUAGUACAAAUGUACCCUCCACGGCGAGAAAUAAAGGUGGAAAAAUUCUGUGAA